GUUGUGUUUGGGAUGGCAACAUGAGUGGGUGUGGCCCGGGGCGCCAUUCACGCUACCGCCGCCACUGUUCUCCACGCAGUAACCGCUGACUGAAGAGCUCGCCGGCCGAGCACGCUCGUUACGUCAACACGCAGCCCCAAACAGAGGAUUUAAAAACGGCGAGUCUGCGCGGCUCCGGUUGGAAACUUUCCAACCACAGCGAGGCCAGCGCGUCAGCAGCAUCCACACACCGCUCGGCAGCGGCUCCCACCUUCCAGUCAUGUCCAAUGGCAACAGCAACAACAACACGGCGCGGUUUGACGCGGCCAGGAGAGUGGCGAUCUUCGGAGGGACUCACGGGAACGAAAUGUCCGGCGUGACACUUGUUAAUCUGUGGAUGCAGAACAGCGCUGAGAUCCAAAGAAAGGGACUGGAGAUCAAGCCCUUCCUCACGAACCCGAAGGCUGUGGAGAAGUGUGUUAGAUACGUGGACACGGACCUGAACCGAGCCUUCACUCAGGAGAACCUCAGCGCAACAGGAGGCGACGAGCUGCCCUAUGAGGUGCAGAGGGCCCUGGAGAUCAACAGGAUGUUCGGACCCAAAGGAAGCGCCGAAGCCUACGACGUGAUCUUCGACCUCCACAACACCACGUCCAACAUGGGCUGCACUCUGAUCCUGGAGAGCUCCAAAGACGCCUUCAAUCUGCAGAUGAUGAAUUACAUAAAGAAAGCCUUCGCUCCUGCUAGUUGUCUUGUUCUCCUGAAUGAACACCCUCUGCUGAAAUAUUCCACCUCUCGCUCUGUGGCCAAGCACCCUGUUGGAAUGGAAGUGGGUCCUCAGCCUCAAGGGGUUUUAAGAAGCAACAUCUUUGAAGCUAUGAGGGUCAUCCUGAAACAUGCCCUGGACUUCAUCUCUCUCUUUAACGAAGGAAUGGAGUUUCCUCCAUGUACGGUGGAAGUCUUCCGGGUCUUGGAGAGGAUGGACUACCCCAGAGAUGCCAACGGGAACAUUAUUGCCAUGGUUCACCCCAACCUGCAGGACUGUGACUGGGAGCCGCUGAACCCCGGCGACCCAAUGUUCCAAACGUUUGACGGGAAGUCCAUCCACUACCAAGGCUCCAGCACCGUUUAUCCCACUUUUAUUAAUGAGGCCGCCUACUACGAGAAACAACAGGCGUUUGUGACCACCAGGCGAGAAACCUUGGCUGCGAGUGCCAUCAGGAAAGCAUGAAAUGUUCUCCGGAAAGGCAGAAACAAAAACAGUGAAACAACAAAACCCUGCAGAGAUAUGUUGGUAGAUUUUGCACAGGUUGCAAAUCAAAACGCUUGGUGCAAUAUAACAUUCUGAUUUCAUUUUUAUCUUUUUAAUAUCAGAAAAAUCAAUUAACUAUGCAAAAAAUUCACCUAUUAAGCUAAGUAUUUAUGAUACUGUCCAUUUAUUUACAUUAAAUGAACUGAACUUUUAUUAGUGUUUUAAAGGCCAGGCCUCAUUACUGUUGGCUUAUUAAACAUUCCAGACACACUCUUUGAGUUUCCUACUGCUGCUCAGGAAGGCCAUGGAAGAUCAACACCUACGACCUCUGACCCAGAACUGUUGUCUCCUGCUGGAAACGUGUUUGUAAGAUCUAUCGGGGUGUGCUAUGUGUGGCCUUUGAUUCUACCUACCUUUAACUCCAGUAUUGCAUCUGUGGUGCUGCCCUAUUGUUGCCUUAUUCGGGGGGAAGUUUCCAGAGAAACUUCAGCAUAGCAAAUUUAGUGAAGACUUUGUGUAAAACAUGUCAAUCCAAAAGAGGUUAUUUUGAGAGAUGGUACAUGAACUCUUCCUUUUACACUCCAUUGAUAGUGUGAGACGUGUUUUGUAAUUACAUUAACAUGUAUUUUUUGAUAUGUCUAUUUAUGUAUGUUUGAUUUUAAGUAUUUUCUAGAAGUCAUGGUGCUGUCUGACGUUUUUAAUGUCUUGUGCGUCUUUGUGUAAUACCGUCGUCUUACUGUAGGUCGUUUUUCAAUCAGCAAUAUUCCUAUGAGCACCAUUUAUAUUAAUCAGUAAAGUACUGUGACAAUUAUCCUUUCAAUAAAUGUAUUACAUCAGCGUG